AUGGAGCUACAGAACCAAGUGGUGGUCAUAGUGUACAGAAACAUCUGUGCAGAGUACGAGCUGGAGAUCCCAGGAUCAAGGUGGAAAACACCUCCAAAGAUUGUGGAGAACAACCGACCCAAGAUCCUCCCAAAGGGCUGCAGCUUAACAACAGUCAGAGUUCUUACUGUUCUUCAGACGCUGGGCCAGAUGCUCCUGGUCCAUCCUCUUCAGGAAGUCCAGGGUGAUGUUCAGAACCUCUGUGCUCAGCUCCUCACCCUCAGAGCAUUCUGGCUCCUGGUGAACUCGGUGAGCUCGUCUCGUGCGGCUCUGAUCUACGAGAAAGUGACAGUGAGCGACGCAGGAAGUGCUCUGCUCCGAGACAUGAGGUUCAGCCCCGACAGGCGGCACCUGUACACCCUGACAGACCGACAGGUGGUGCGCCUGCCGGUGGAGAGUUGUGAACAGUACACUUCCUGUUCUGAGUGUUUAGGCUCCAGAGACCCUCACUGCGGCUGGUGUGUGCUGCACAACACCUGCUCUCGUCGAGAUCGAUGUGAACGAGCCUCAGAACCUCAGAGAUUCACCUCAGACCAGAGACAGUGUGUGGAGCUGAGCGUCCAACCCAACAACGUGUCUGUCACCAUGUCCCAGGUCCAGUUGGUCCUGGAGGCUCGUCACGUCCCUGAUCUCUCGGCCGGACUCAACUGCUCCUUCGAGGACUUCACCGAGACCGAGGCCGAGAUCCACGACGGACUCAUCUACUGCCAGAGUCCCAGCGCCAGGGAGGUCCUGCCCAUCACCCGGAACCAAGGAGACAAACGAGUGGUGAAGCUUUACCUCAAAUCCAAAGAAACGGGAAAGAAGUUCGCCAGCGUGGACUUCGUCUUCUACAACUGCACCGUGCACCAGUCGUGUCUGUCGUGUGUGAACGGCUCCUUCCCGUGUCACUGGUGUAAAUACCGGCACAUGUGCACACAGAACGCACAACACUGCUCUUUCCAGGAGGGACGAGUCAAAGAGUCACAGUACGUGUACGAGGGGAGUGACAUCAGUGAUCUGCCUGUGGAUUUGUCUGUCGUCUGGAACGGAAACUUCAUCAUCGAUAAUCCUCAUAAUAUCAAAGCGCACCUGUACAAGUGCUUCGCGCUGAGGGAGAGCUGUGGUCUGUGUCUGAAGGCUGAUCCUCGCUUCGACUGCGGCUGGUGUGUUCAGGACAGGAAGUGCUCCCUGAGGCAGGAGUGUGUCCCACCUGAGGCCACCUGGAUGCACCCGAGCACCGGGAACAGCCGCUGUGCCCACCCCAAGAUCACCAAGUUGUCCCCGGACACUGGUCCUCGUCAGGGGGGGACUAUGCUCACCAUCUCUGGGGAGAAUCUGGGGCUUCAGUUUCGGGACAUUCAGAACGGAGUGAGGAUCGGAAAAGUGACGUGUCAACCCCAAGAAGAUCAGUACAUCAGCGCCGAGCAGAUUGUGUGUCGUCUGAACGAUGCGACCGGGUACCGGGUGCAGGAGGCUCAGGUGGAGGUUUGUGUUCGUGACUGUAACCACCCGGACUACAAGGCCGUGUCCUCCAGAGCCUUCACCUUCGUGUCUCCGUACUUCAGCCGGGUUCACCCGUCGUCGGGGCCUCUGUCGGGCGGCACCAGGAUCACCAUCGAGGGCAGCCACCUGAACUCGGGCAGCGCCGUCUACGUCAAGAUCGGACUCCACCCCUGCAGCUUCCAGAGACGCGGUCCGAGGGAGAUCGUGUGCGUGACCCCGGGCGGCCUGGCUCCGGGCCUCACCCCCGUCAUGGUCGACAUCAACGCCGCCGAGCUCCGGAACCCCGAGGUCCGGUUCAACUACACCGAAGACCCGACCGUCCUGAAGAUCGAGCCGGACUGGAGCAUCGCCAGCGGGGGUACCGUGGUAACCGUCACGGGGACGAACCUGGCGACGAUCAAAGAGCCGAAGAUGAGGGCGAAGUUCGGCUCGGCCCAGUCUGAGAACAACUGCACGGUGCUGAAUAACACGGUGAUGUUGUGUCUGGCGCCCUCUGUGGCCGGAGGCGACAGGACCGUGUCCGAGUCCGGGUCCAGUCCGGACGAGGUCGGGUUCAUCAUGGACCGAGUGCUCCCCCUGCUGGUCAUCAACCAGAGCUUCACCUUCCACCCCGACCCGGUGUUCGAACCUCUGAGCCCCACGGGACGACUGGAGCUAAAGCCCAGCUCCCCGCUCAUACUCAAGGGUCGUAACCUGAUCCCUUUGGCUCCUGGAAACUCCAAACUGAACUACACGGUUCUGAUCGGAGACACGCCCUGUGUUUUAACUCUGUCCGAGAGUCAACUGCUGUGUGAGUGGCCCAACCUGACGGGAGAGCACAAAGUCACCAUCCGUGCGGGGGGUUUCGUGUACUCGCCCGGUUCUCUCGUCGUUUACUCAGAUUCUCUCUUGACUCUUCCCGCCAUCGUGGGGAUCGGCGGCGGCGGCGGCCUCCUGCUCCUCGUCAUCGUCCUCGUCCUCAUCGCCUACAAACGAAAAGAGAGAGAGAGAGACCGCACGCUCAAGAGACUCCAGCUGCAGAUGGACAACCUCGAGUCCCGGGUCGCCCUCGAGUGUAAAGAAGCGUUCGCGGAGUUACAGACCGAUAUCCAUGAACUCGCUCAGGAGUUGGACGGAGCUGGGAUCCCCUUCCUGGAUUAUCGCACGUACGCCAUGAGAGUCCUGUUCCCCGGGAUCGAAGACCAUCCCGUGCUCAAGGAGAUGGAGGUUCCCGCUAACGUGGAGAAGUCCCUGACCCUGUUCGGGCAGCUCUUGACCAAGAAGCACUUCCUGUUGACGUUCAUCCGCACCCUGGAGGGUCAGAGGUCGUUUUCGAUGAGGGACCGGGGGAACGUGGCGUCUCUGAUCAUGACGGCUCUGCAGGGGGAGAUGGAGUACGCCACCGGGGUCCUCAAACAGCUGCUCUCCGACCUCAUCGACAAGAACCUGGAGAGCAAGAACCACCCCAAACUCCUGCUGCGAAGGACUGAGUCUGUGGCCGAGAAGAUGUUGACAAACUGGUUCACCUUCCUCCUCUACAAGUUCCUCAAGGAGUGUGCGGGGGAGCCUCUCUUCAUGUUGUAUUGUGCCAUGAAGCAGCAGAUGGAGAAAGGGCCCAUCGACGCCAUCACUGGUGAGGCGCGGUACUCGCUCAGCGAAGACAAACUCAUCAGGCAGCAGAUCGACUACAAGACUCUGACGCUGCACUGUGUGAACCCGGAGAACGAGAACGCCCCGGAGGUUCUGGUCAAGACGUUAAACUGUGACACCGUGACUCAGGUCAAAGAGAAAAUCCUGGACGCACUUUACAAAGGAACUCCCUACUCCCAAAGACCCAAGGCGGCCGACAUGGACCUGGAAUGGAGACAGGGCAGGAUGGCGCGGAUCAUUCUCCAGGACGAAGACGUGACGACGAAGACUACUACUACACAACAGAGACUCAACACCCUCGCUCACUAACAGGUGACGGACAGUUCUGUGAUCGCCCUGGUGCCCAAACAGAACUCUGCCUACAACAUCUCCAACUCCUCCACCUUCACCAAGAGUCUGAGCAGAUACGAGAGCAUGCUGCGCACGGCGAGCAGCCCCGACAGCCUCCGCUCCAGGACGCCCAUGAUCACCCCAGACCUGGAGAGCGGAACCAAACUGUGGCACCUGGUCAAGAACCACGACCACGCAGACCAGAGGGAAGGAGACCGAGGGAGCAAGAUGGUCUCUGAGAUCUACCUCACCAGACUGCUGGCCACCAAGGGGACGCUGCAGAAGUUCGUGGACGACCUGUUUGAGACGAUCUUCAGCACGGCUCAUCGAGGCUCCGCUCUGCCUCUGGCCAUUAAAUACAUGUUUGACUUUCUGGACGAACAGGCCGACAAACACUGCAUCUCCGACCCCGACGUCCGGCACACGUGGAAGAGCAACUGUCUUCCUCUGCGUUUCUGGGUGAACGUGAUAAAAAACCCUCAGUUUGUGUUCGACAUCCAUAAAAGCUCCAUCACAGACGCCUGUUUGUCUGUGGUGGCUCAGACCUUCAUGGACUCGUGCUCCACGUCCGAACACAAACUGGGCAAAGACUCUCCGUCCAACAAGCUCCUGUACGCCAAAGACAUCCCCAACUACAAGAACUGGGUCGAGAGGUACUACUCGGACAUCUCUCGUCUUCCCGUGAUCUCGGACCAGGACAUGAGCGCGUACCUCGCUGAGCAGUCCCGCCUCCACAUCAACCAGUUCAACAGCAUGUCGGCCCUGCACGAGAUCUACUCCUACAUCACCAAGUACAAGGACGAGAUCCUGUCGGCGCUGGAGCGAGACGAGCAGGCGAGGAGGCAGAGACUGCGCAGCAAACUGGAGCAGGUCAUUGACACUAUGGCUCUGACCAGCUGAGGGCGCUCUCCUGCCCGCGCGCUUUUCACGGAAACUCUAAACCUAAAAACACUCCGGAAAACUACAACCUCCACCGACGCCGACGCCAACGCUGCUCCAAAGCGACGCGACUCGACUCAGCCGCCAGGAACGGUACACGAACGGGAGGAAAAACGUCUCUGGGAUUUACAAACUUGACAAAAAUUCCGGAAAAUUUGGGAUGAAACUCGUGGAUGUUGUGGUUUGAAUUUUUUUGGGAGUUUUCUCGUUUUCAUGAAGUGACGCUGGACUCGGAACGUCGCGGACUAAGUGGGCCAAUCCGUGAAGAGAAUCUGGACCACGUGACUUCGUUUCCAGGAAGAAAUCAGCUUUUUUGUUUGUUUGUUUAAAAUUUUUGUACAAUUGUAAAAAACUCUGAUACUGCCCUCUCCUCUCACUACUCAUACCUGCAGAGUUUGCACAGAAUACGACCGUUUUUUAACGCAAAGAAGAAUUUUCACUUUAAAGGUCCAAGAUUACGCCGUUUUCUGAUCCGUGUUUUUAUGUUUCUUCAUCACAAACAGAACUGGAGCUGUGUUUUGUUUAGACCAGGACUAAACUUGGACCAAGCCUGGACUAAAGUUGGACUAAAACUGGACUAAACGUGGAUUCAACCUCAGUUAAACCUUGGACUAAAGAUGGAUUAAAGAUGGACUAGAGUUUGGCCUAAACCUGAACCAAACCUGGACUAAACUUGAACCAAACCUGGACUAAACUUGAACCAAACCUGGACUAAACUUGGAUCAGACCAAACCUGAAGACAAAAUGAACAUCUUUGUCUUAAACUUGGACUAAACUUGGACUAAACUUGGACUAAACUUGGACUAAACUGGGACUAAACUGGGACUAAAGUUGGACUAAAGUUGGACUAAAGUUGGACUAAAGUUGGACUAAAGUUGGACUAAACCUUGGACUAAACCUUGGACUAAAGAUGUACUAAACUGGGACUAAAGAUGCACUAAAAAUGGACUAAACCUGGACUAAAGAUGGACUAAACUGGGAUUAAAGCUGGACUAAAGAUGGACUAAACCUUGGACUAAAGCUGGACUAAACUGGGACUAAAGAUGGACUAAACUGGGACUAAAGAUGGACUAAACUGGGACUAAAGAUGGACUAAACCUGAACCAAACUUUGGACUAAAUCUGAACUAAACCUGGACUAAAGAUGGACUAUAGCUUGGACUAAACCGGGACUAAACCUGAACCAAACCUGGACUAAACUGGGACUAAAGCUGGACUAAACCAGGACUAAACUUGGACCAAACGUAAACUGAACCUGGACCAAACCAAAACCGUGACUAAACCUGAACCUGGAUUGGCUGAGUUCUUCUCUCAAACUGAAAACGCUCUGUUCCACCUCGUGAUGUCAUCGUGUGGUGAUAAUACAGGAAGUGCUCCACUGUGUUUUUAAACUCCACACACUUUCACUAGAAUCAUCCAGAUCAUUUCAACUCUGGAACUGUCAAUCUCGACUGAACUAAACGUAAAAGGAGCUGCUCGCUUGGAAAAAAAAACAAAAACUAUCACUUGAUGACAUCACGAGGUGGAUCAGAGCGUUUGGAGACGAAUAAUGCAGAUUUACUCAAACGCGUGAAGGAAACAAACACAACUCCAGCUCUGUUUUUUUGACGAGGAAACACAAGAACACGACUUAAACCUCAGAAGAAUCAGUCGUGCGUCAUUUUGGACUUUUAGGAAAACGACAAAUAAACGAAUUUUGCAAAGAGGCAUCGCAAAAAAAACGCGAAAAGACUCGUAUCGUGCCAUGAUCUUUUGAAUGUUGUUUGGUGCAAAGAUGUUUCGUUUUUUUUGAUGGAAUGUGCAAGAUUUGACGACUGAACAGGAGAAAGAAAAAGAAAGAAAGAAAAAAAAAAAAAAAAAAAAAAAGGAGGCAGGAACUUUCGAGGUGCAAUCGUUUUUCAGGGACACCAAAAAUCAGCGCGCCACGGUUGUUGUUGCUUUAUUUUUAGCGGUAGCCACGUUAGCAUCGGAAACACUCGCUUUAUUUGUUUGUUUAUUGGCUGAAAUUCUCAACUUGUGUCACCGUCGUAGUUUUUUAACGUUUAUUUGGGAGACAUUUUUGCAUUUUUUAACGUUUUUUUCACCAAAUUAAGCUACAAAAACUUUACCGUUUUUGUCGAACUGCAAAAACCAAGUUGAGAAUUGUAAUUUCAGGAAGCCUCGUCUCAGUGGAUUUUAAAAACGGAACAAUGAAGUAAACUCUCGAAGCACUGACGUCGAAACAUCGUCCAGCUCCGACCGGCUCAACAACGUACCACAUUUACAACUUUUUCACACAAUUUUUGAAUUUGUUGCAAACUGAUCUCAUUUAAUCUGUGUCUCGUUCGUUUAUUUGUUUUUCAAAAUAAAACCAAAAAUAAGAAAACGACAAAAACAACU